AAAUAUAACCAAAAACCAGACAAGUAAAAGAUAAAACAAAGGGAGGGGGCUGUUUGUUCGUUUUUGAAGAAAACAUUCUAAAGAAGGGCUUUUGCUAUUUUGUUGGUCGGCUACAGGUGACACUGCUUCUCCUGGAUUUUACAACCUGUGUUUUAAGGAAGACAAGAUAAAACAAAGAAAUGGCUGGUCGAAAUCGCGGGCCUCCACUUCCAAUGAAAGGUGGUGCUCAUGGUGGGCUUCCUCCGCCGGGUCAUGAGCCCCCAUUUCCUAGGGGUCGCGUUCCAAUGCCUCAUCCGGCAUUGCUUGAAGAAAUGAGAGAAUCACAGUAUGGGAUGGGGUCCAGACCAAUGCCUCCACACCCUGCUGUUCUUGAGGAACACCUGGCUACUCAGCAUGAUGAGAUUCAAGGAUUAUUAGUUGAUAACCAGCGGUUGGCUGCAACUCAUGUAGCACUGAAACAAGAAGUAGAAGCUGCUCAAUACGAACUUCAGCGAACUGAUCAUUAUGCCCGUUCGUUGCGUAUGGAAACUGAUGUGCAAAUGAGAGAACUUUAUGAGAAGUCUGCUAAGAUGGAAAUGGAUCUCCAAGUAGUUGAUGGUAUGAGGGCAGAGCUUAUGCGAGUGCGCUCGGAUAUUAAGGAGUUUACUGCUGCCAGACAAGAGCUUACUGUUGAGGUCCAAAGAAUGACACAGGAUUUGACCAGAAUGACUGCAGAUUUACAGCAGACUCCAGCAAUAAAAGCUGAAAUUGAAGGUCUAAAACAAGAGCUGCAGCGAGCAAGGGCUGCCAUUGAGAACGAGAAGAAGGGAUAUGCUGAAAACUAUGAGCAUGGUCAAGUUAUGGAGAAAAAGUUACUAGCGAUGGCUCGAGAGCUUGAAAAACUCCGAGCUGAGGUUGGUAAUGCAGAAAAAAGGGCUCGAGCAGCAGCAGCUGUUGGGAAUCCAGGUGCAGGGUACAAUGCAAAUUAUGGGAAUCCGGAACCUGGUUAUCCAGGGAAUUAUUAUCCUGCUAGUUAUGGAAUGAAUCCUAUGAACCCUGCUCAUGCUGUGCAGGGUGGCGCUGAAGGUUAUCCUCAGUAUGGACAUGGACCUGGUGCUUGGGGUGGUUAUGAUGUGCAGCGAGCUCAAGGACCCAGAUAAACUAGUUCAUGUAGGCUGUCACAUGGUAUUGUGUUUGCUACUUUCCGGUUAUAACCAAUGUCUAAAUGAGUUCAUCGAUGACACAUGAGCAGGAGUUUUCGGGCAGAAUCCAGCUGCUACAGUGGUUUACUUGUAUCAGUACAGAAGAUCUGGCGGCAACUGAUUUAUCAGUUAUUUUGCAACUUGUGCUACCAAGUGUAGCAGUUAAUAGCAAUGUGGAUUCCACAACUAUUUGUUUUAUGAACAAAUUGAUCGGAAUAUUUAUCUCCUUGUGAAUUGUGAUGCGA